AUGUCUGCCAAUACCGUACACGUCAAAAAUAUCUCUUCGCAGACCAGCGAAAAGGAAGUCAAAGACUUCUUCAGCUUCUGUGGAAAGAUUACAAGCCUUGAAGUUGGAUCCGUUGGAGAGACUCAAAAUGCUACCGUUCAGUUCGAAAAGGAAACCGCAGCUAAGACCGCUUUGUUACUCGACAACACCCAACUUGGUUCUACUCAAGUUAAGGUUACAAGUGCAUCCGGCUCCAAUGAGGAUGAUGGAAGCCAUUAUACUACCAACGAACAACGUGAUAACGACGACAUUACCCAAGAGGAGAAGCCAAGAAGCCGCAUCAUCGCAGAAUAUCUUGCCCAUGGUUACGCUAUCGGAGAUACCGCUGCUCAACGUGCUAUCGACCUUGACCAGAAGCAUGGAGUUUCCAACCGCUUCCUCGCCACCUUAAACGGCCUCGACAGCAAGUACCAUGCCACUGAGAAGGCCAAGGGUGUUGAUCAAUCAUACGGCGUUACCCAAAAGGCCAGCUCUCUUCUUUCCGGUUUGACCUCUUACUACGAAAAGGCCGCCGGAACCCCAACUGGUCAAAAGCUUGUCAACUUCUACACACAAACUUCCCGCCAAGUUCAAGACAUCCAUGCCGAGGCUCGUCGUUUGGCAGAUAUCAAGAAGCAGGAAAGCACACAAAAGGUUCCUGGCACCGAGAAGACAACUUGUAAGUGUGGUUCAGUUUCUGGAGACUGCCCAUGUGCUCCCGGGUCUUGUGCGUGCAGCGAUUGUGGCAAAUCCGAUGUCAAGAAGGUUCCGGGUACUGAUAAAACAACCUGCGAUUGCGGCGGUAAUACUUCGAAAUGCGGCUGUGCUCCUGCGGUUGUUGACUCGACCAAGGUUGCACCUCUUGAACCUCAAUCUGAGAAGUCAACCUUUGCUUGA